GAAUAUUCUAACAAACCAUACGAUUGGUUUAUUUUGUUUAAUGUUUCCCUUGACCAAUCAAAACAUUCUUUAUUACGAAGAAUUAUCGCGGCAGUCUGGUCAGUGGUAAACUUGAGAAAAAUUAAAACAAAGAUGGCGGAGUUUCAUGAAUGUCAUGGUUCUCUGGUAUUUUUGAGCAACGAAAACCGUAGUGCUCGUAGAAGGAGCUCCGCCGCAGAAUUUAACAAUGGCCUGAUAUUCAGCAAGAGGCCACUCAAAGACGAUGAAAUAUUUGAAGUGCGGUUGGACCGAAAGAUAGGAAAUUGGUCAGGGUCAUGGGCCAUUGGCGUGACUUGCGGCGAUCCGGGCUGCAUGGAAAUUCCCUCCAGCUCUGCUGGCCUAAAAAAUGGCUCGUGGAUAAUGUCUGGAAUGUCGGUGCUGAGGGAUGGAUCCUCUUUUUUGGACGAUUAUGGUCGAGAUCUCGAUGAGCUUAAAGAAGGCGAUAGGGUUGGCGUUCAAAGAACGGUGACCGGCAGUCUACAUUUCUUUGUCAAUGGUGCCGAUUUGGGUGUAGCGGCGACAAAUAUUCCUCAGACUGUUUACGCCGUGAUUGAUUUGUAUGGGCGAUGCGCUGAAAUAUCAAUUUAUAAGCCUUACAGUAGCGCUUCAGGUAGGUGAAGACAAAUGAGGGUGGAAAAUACUUAACAACCACUUUGAAUUCUUGGGCCGGUUAUAUUAUGCUAAAAUUAUAUCGGAUUAACUGCGUAUUAAUUGAUUUAGGGUGGUUCUUUAGUUAAUUGAAUAUUGGGAAUUGUAAACACUGCGUUGGGUCUAAUAUUUGACUUCUACUCUAUGUUAGCCUUUAUCGUUUAUUGAACAUGUAUUUUUUAUGUAAGUGGCAUGACCCCAUGUUAAUCUUCACAUGUUUUUAGACCUACUGUAUUUUUGAAGAAAUAUGUGUCUCACUGUUAGAACUUUCUGGGGCAGUUUUAGGAUUUUAUGAAAGGGGGCUCCAACAAACGACCACUGAAGGUGGAAGAUUCUGUAGGGGUCCUGGAAGUCUUCAAAGAAUACUCAAUUGAAAUUACUUAAUUCAAAACUAAACAAAGGCCGUUCCAGUUUGAUGAGUCUUGCACAAAUCGCGAAUCGAGAAUUAAGACACAGCAAUCGAGAAUCAAGUCUCGAUUCUCGACUUGAUUCUCAAUGCUCGCCAGGAUCGAGAAUUGAGUGUCAACUUACUUUUGAACAAAACUGUAAGCUCCCUCCUCUCUAAUAAGCCCUCCCUUUUCAGGGGAAGAAAGUUAAUAAGCCCCCCCUCUUUUAAGCCCCCUCCCCUCCCCAUUAUUAUUCUUCACUAAUAAAUGAUUGAAUGUAUUAACCAAUCAUGACUGUAAAAGUUCAUGUGGACUGAUCUGGGAUGUUUUAUUCACCAACUGGAAGUUCAGAUUUGUUUUUGAUCCUCCACUGCAUGACCUCCAACUCUUACUAAGGUUUUCCACUUUGUAUUCUCGUUCCUUGUAAAGAAUUGAUACCAUCGUGUUUGCUAAAUUAAAUAAGCCCCCACUCACUAAUAAGCACUCCCCCCCCCCUCAAAUAUGUUUGAAAUAGAUAGCCUCCUGGGAGGGCUUAAUAGAGGAUUUACAGUAUCAUCCUGACCUGAGGUCCCUGGGGAGAAGGGGGACACUCAAGGAAAAUUUGGGUACAAAUUUGUUGCCAUCAAGACCUUCAAACCAUGGCCCUGUUUGAGGCAAAAAUCCUUCAUGUCACUGCCUUGUUUAGGAAAAGAGACCUUAUUUCAUUACCUUGAUUCAUUUCGUUUCAUAUACAGAAUUAAGUAAUUUUUCCAACUGACACUUUGAGAUGAGAUUUUUUGACAAAAAUUGUUGGUACCACGAAUGUAUACUGCUUAUCGCUAACUUUCACACUCUUUUAAAGUCUUGCUCUCCAAAACGAAACCCCUUUCAAGACACUAAAUAGUAAAAUUUUGAUACAAAUUUUUUUAAAUUUGUGGUGCCUUGCAUUAAUAAUAAGAACCAGAUGACCAUGUAAUCUUAAGUCUGAUCUUAUGUCAACAUGUAUUAGAUCAGAUGCACUGCAAGCAUACUUGUAACUUUAGUCGGUUACAAACCAUAAAAGAGAGAAAAAUACUGGUCCUACGAGUGAUUUUCACCCCAAGGAGAAUCAGUCCCUGAAUAUAAAAUUAUGAAGUAAACCUGUCCCAGGUAGAAGAUUCUCCCUCUCAGCUGAGUCAACUUAAGCAAGUGUUUAUUAUUAGAAAAAGGUUGAUCCCUUAGCCCUAGCCAACAGUGCUCACCCAAGCUCUGAUUAUCUUGCCUUGACUGAUUUGACACAGCUGGACGAGUGAAAAUUUUUGUGUGGAGAAAAGUUGGUCCCGCAAGAAAAUGAAUGUCAAAUUUCACAAUUCUUUUGCUCGGGCUUCCAUAAGAAAUUUUCUUUGGUGUUAUUACAGAUGACUAAUAACACCUUUAGCCAUAGAAAAAUGUAAAUAAGAAUGCAAUAU